GCGAUUGUGAUGCGUAGUGGAGGAUUACAUCGAACAGCUCUCGCAAUAUCAAUAUGCCUUAUUAUUUGUGGUUUAUGUUUGACGACGUUCAGCUUAUUCAGUGCUGCUUGGCAGGUAAAUUUUAGUGGCUCAUCCCAUGCAGCUGUUGUCGAGAUUCGUGAGUUUCAAGCUGAGCAUCAGCACGGUAUUUGGUGGGAUUGUGUUCGUUCCGAUCGCUAUUUGAUUCCGCUGAGCCGAGUCGACCGCAUCGAUAAGACAUCUCCUCGAAGGGCGCUGAAAUGUGCCUAUAAGUUUGAUCUCAUUGCACAAGAGGCACUUGCCAGUGCGUUAGCUGAUGGCGAAGCUACUGCUAAAGAAAUGCAGUUACAUCGUUUUCUCCCUCAGCAUAAAGCCGUGAUAUUUUUCGCCACGUUCACGUUCAUAUUCGGAUUGAUCUCAAUCAUAAUUGGAUUAUGCUCACCAUGUUUCACGCCAAACGCACUUCUCUACAUCGUUGCACUUUUCCUAACAGGUGCACCAUCCAUUCUUUAA